UUUCGUGCCGUGGUUGGAGACAAAAUGGCUUCAGGUGGUGCAGAAGAAGACGAUGGAGGCAUUCCAUUGGACAUUGACAACGUGCACAUGCUCCUCCAAGUGGAGCAUGAACAGAUUCAGAAAAGAACUUUCACCAACUGGAUAAAUGCUCAACUCGCUAAGAGAUGCCCGCCCUCAUUUGUAUCAGACCUGUUUUCUGACCUCAGAGAUGGGUCACAGCUGCUUGACCUGUUGGAGAUGAUGAGUGGUCAGUCUAUGAAGAGACAAAGGGGCCAUGGGGUUUUCCAGCAGAGGGCCAACAUUGAGACAGCACUCAAUUUCCUCAAGAAAAAAUCUAUCAAACUGGUGAACAUAAACAUCCCAGAUAUCAUAGAUGGACGACCCUCGAUCAUCCUCGGCCUUGUAUGGACCAUCAUUCUCCACUGUCAUAUUGAGGAGCUGGCCAGCGCUCUCUCCUUCAGCUCUCGUCAUUCCUCUCUUGACUCUCUGGCCAGCCUGGACUCCUGGUCCGGUAGCCCCAUCCCAGCUAGUCCAGUCCCUGCAGGCCGGACAUCUCCCCUCCACAGACGCUUCAGAAUAUCCGCCAAGAAGGCCCUGCUCAUGUGGGUCAGGGACCAAUGCCAAAGGGUUGGUAGCUCUGUCAGCGUGAAGGACUUUAAGUUGAGCUGGAGAAGUGGAGAGGCCUUCUUGGCCAUCCUAUGUUCGCUCAGACCACAACUGGUUGAUCUCUCACUGGUCCAGUUCAGAAGCAACCAGGAGAACCUGGAAGAAGCUUUUCACCUGGCCGAGAGGGAGCUCCACAUCCCCCGCCUGCUGGAGCCCCAGGAUGUUGAUGUUAAAGACCCUGAUGAGAAGUCCAUUAUGACAUAUGUGGCCCAGUUUCUACAGUACUCCAAAGACAUGCCAGCACCUGAUGACCAUCUGCAGGUCUCUCCAAGUGAGCGAGCACAAGAGGUGACUUGCUGGCUGCAGCAGGCCUAUCAGGACCUGUCAGAAGCGUGGACGGCUACAGAGAAUUCAAGCUACAUGGAAAAAUAUCGGGUGUUCCAAACUUUCACUGACUCCUUCACUGAGCAAAGGAGACCUGUAAUGACCCUCCUCGCUGCCAUAGGACGCUGCCCUGAGCUCAGUCGAGAGCAGCGUGCUCUCAGGGUAGCGUGGGAUGAUCUGGAGGAGGAGCUGCAGAGAUGUAAAGCAGACCUGGACCUGAGUCUUCCUGCUCCUCUGGACUCAGUGGUUGUGUGGCUGCAGCGUGCAGAGGCAGCGCUGACAGAAGAGGGAGGAAGGGUGAAAGAUCAUGCGGAUGCUGCUAAAGAAGCAAGAGCUCAACAAGACACCCUAAAGACUGUAAUCAAGGAGAUGAGCCACCAUGUCCAAAUCCUCGAUGACUACCACAGCACCGAUGGCUCAGGGAACGUGGUAGUUCCCGUUGAAAAGUUUGAUGAGAUAAGACGACGUGUGACCCAUGUCAGAGUCACAGCCAAAUAUCAAGGGAUCAAGUUGGAAUACCAGGAAUAUCAUCUCACUGUAUUGGACCUCCUGAAACGUUUCAAUGCUAAGAUCCAGACCUGGCAAACUCCUUACAGAUCAAAGGAGGCCGUGCAUGUGCUUCUGCAGGACUGGCAUGAAACAGUGGAGCGCCAGGGCACGCUUUUGAUUCUUACGGACACUCUGCAAAACCUGAAGGAGAAGGCAAACACUUACACCAGCAAGGCAGCCCUAGGUGACGAUUCCCAGCUUGUUAAUCGUCAGGUGAAGGAGGCAGAAAGUGAAGCUGAAUUGGUCACACAAGCCGUGACCGCCGUGAAAGGGAUGAUGGAGAGAGUGGUGUCUGCGUGGGAGACUUACAACAAGUGCCUCGCCUCUCUAAAGGCAUGGCUGGCACAGACUACACAGUCACAAACCCAGUCUCCCGCUGUGGGGACGCAGGAUAUGAGCGAGUGGGCGUCAUGUCAGGCUAAGCUAAAUGAGGUGGGGAACUUGCUUAUUGAAGUGACAGAAACUUCAACCAGCCGCACUCUGGCCCAACAACUCAGCAAGGUCAACAUGCAGUGGGCUGAAUGGAUGAAGAGAACAAAGUUUGAAGUAUCAUCGGAGCCCAGUGUCGGUCCCCCGUGUCUCCAAAUGUUGCAUUCACUGACCCAGGAGGCCAGCUGGCUGCUGAGAGAACCACUGGAUGUGGCCUCUGUCCCACUGAAGGCUAGCAGACAGAAACUACAGCUACUGAGUAAAAAGAUGGCAGGAGUGGACAUGUCAUCUCUCAGUUCAUCCCAAGACUUUCAAACAAGCCACAUAAAGAACCUCCAGCAAACUCUCCCACAGAUGCUGGCUGAGGCAGAGAGGAUCUGCGGGGAGCUGCAGCAGGCUGCAUCUAGGCUAGAGGGCCGUCUGGCUGAGCUGGACCACUGGAGCACAGAUGCCCUGGACUGCUACCAGCACCUAAAGGAUAAAGAGCACGGACGACGCUCUGCACAGGACUCUACAGCCAAAGCGCUGAUCUCUCGAGGCUUGCAGCUGGAGAACCAGGUUGUAACUGAGGGAAAGGAUCUGCAGGACUUGGUCGCACAGGUGCAGAGAACCUCUCCUCUGCAGCACCUCAGUACCUCUGGGAUGCAGGACAGGAUCUCAGAGACAGUUUCCCACUGCCAGGAGAUUCUUGGCAUGUUUAGAUCCCUUGGGUUUAAGCGACAUAUGGAUGAAGAAGUCCAUCGGACACAGAGACAGCCAGAGACAGGGUUAUUUGUUGUGGCCAGAGCCAAACAUGUGGACCAGACUGGGAAUGUUAAGCUGCAAACCCAGGACCCGAGUGAACUUUCACCUCAGAUUCAAUGUAAUACGCAUCAGCAUAGGACAACCUAUUUCCAGGGUUGGCUUAAAAACCAACACAUGAACACACUAGAUGAAACAACCAUCGUUAUAUCCCCUGUCGAAAUCCAAAUGCUCCCUCAGCCUUUGAGGGAACCAGUACCUCAUUUUCACUCAUUUCUUGCUCAAAGUGUAAAAGAAGCUGAAUCUAAGCCCGUGAUUCAGCCUGGGUCAUUUUCCGAAUCCCAUGCUCAAGCUUCAAGUUUGGGUCAAGAUCAUCAACCUUUACCUUCUUUGACCCAAAGUGCUGUUGGAAUACCAUCUCAAAAAAGUCUGCUUCUGUCUAAACAUGUAACAGGUACAAUUAAUAAAACAUCUCCACGGCCGCCAGUUAUGGUUCUCAGUGAAGUUCAUUCAAAAGCUCAGUCAAUGGCAAGAAGCAGACUGGAGAAGGCCAGGGUUCAUCUGCAAGGACGCAUCCAGCAAGCCAUCAAGUUAUUUGGUUGGAUAGAGAUUUCAGAGUCACAAGCCAAGAAGAAACAGCGGGCCUUAAAGACUCUGCAGCCUGUCGUCCUUGACGAGUUCCUGGAUGCAGUGGAAGGCUAUGGGGCCUUCUGCUCCGGUCCCCAGCUCCAGGACUUGAUGCUCCUCUCUGACUCGGUCAGAAAGCAGUGGGAGGAUGUACGCAGAGAAAUGGCUGCCUUUGUUCCCAUCAUAUGGUCUAAGAUCAGAGAAGGAAAGCAGGCAUUUUCUGUUGUGCAAAGUAAAACGCAUACUAACACUCUCCAUGAAGCUACUGACCAGACUGACCAUGAUGCUUUGCAGCAAAAACAGGCCGUCAUGGACGGAGCUGCAUCUGUUGAGGCACGGUUUGAAUCGCUCCAAGAGCUGUGUGAAGCAGUGACAGCAAGUAAAUCAUCCUGCCUGGCAACAGACCAGCUGAAGGAGUCAGAUGAAGCACAGGAAACACAACCCAGUGACACAGUGCUCCCAGCGCGCACGGGACGGCAGCUUGGGGGAAACACCCCGCUGAGUGCGACUGGCAUGUCGGUUGACACACAGCCGAGCAACAGUCUGCCGCAGAAACAAAGCGCGGACAGCCCACAACAAGACCUCUCACCUGGGGCUGGCUCAGCGCCACUUCAUGUUGAUGUACUGCCACAGCGAUCUGAGGACACCCCAGCAGAAAGAAAGGACAACCUGACACAACAUAGAGCCUCGUGGUCGGGGCAAAAUCAAAAGCCUUCACUUGGAGCACAAGAGCAGCCACUGAAAGCUCGUCUGCUGCACAUCACAGAGAGCAAUCAGCAGGCCCAAACUCAUAUACAGGCGGUUGUGAGGGGUGACACUGUGGAGACCAAGCAGGAGGCAGAGUGGACCGUCAUCCCAGAGACAGUCGCCCCACCGCAGGAAGAGCGCCCCACUGGGGCAGAGGAAGUACUGGAAAGGAUGACAUCUCUAGAGAGUACUGCUGUCUUGAUGGAGUCUGCAGAUGAUCAGAUGGCACUGAUCACACAAAAACUGGAUGGGAUCGUCAGAGGGUCUAUGGACAUCUCUUCCUUCAUCUUGGCUGACCCUAUUCUGCUAUCUGACUUAAAGGAAAUGGAUGACAGGCUGCAGACUGAAAUGAGAAAACUAAUAAAACAAGGCAGUGAAGAGGAAAGACAACACCCUGAAGCCAAAUCCCUCCACCAGGCUCUCCUCAACAGUGUCAGUCAUCUCGAGCAGCUCAGACAACAGCUGGAGAAGGUUCAGUUAGCUGCCCAGGCUGUGGAUCACUUCCUGGCCACAGUGAGAGAAGUCAAGGCCGAGAUCCCAGCCGUGCUGGCAGACCAGGAUGCCAGCAGGCAGCAAAAUGAGGCAGACUGGGAGCAGGAGAGGCAUUCUUGGCAGGCAGCAAUGCAGCAGAGGUUGCAGACUGUUGCGGAACAAUCCGAUAGUGUUGACAGCAAUUUAAAGGCAGCGGGGAUGACUCUGACCGUGGAUGGUGCAACUGUCACGUGCCAGGAUGUGGUGACAUCAUUGUCCAAGCACGUUGUGGACCUGGAGAAAAAGCUGAUGAGAGCCAGGAAAAGGGAGAGCAAAGAGGAAAUAAAACCAAUGGGAAAGGAACAAAUGCAGAGGAAUGAAGAGUUGAAUCCUAUGGAGAUACAUCAGACAAAGACGGGGGAUGAUUCACCACAGCAGGGGGGAGCACAGGAGCGGGAGCGUCCCCCUCCAGGUGGGGCAGAAGAGGAGUCAGGGUUGGAGGCCAAAGGGAGUAGGCUGGAUGGAGAGAAUGAAACAAAGAUACAAAGGGAGGAAGAGCACAAGGCUCAAACACGGAGGUCUGAAGGGGAUGACAAGGACCAGAACAGAAGAAGCAGCCAUGAUAAGAAAGAGGGAGAGGCAAAGGAUAGCUUGGUCCAGAGAAGAGCUGUCUUGUUGGGAGUACUGAGGGAGAUAAAGGGAGCAGCUGAACAUCUGGGGCUGCCCGAGCCCACCCUGCCAGCUCUGCAGCAGAGGACACGUGCCCUGACAGAGCUGGAAAGGCGUCUUGCUGGCCUCCUCUCUGAGCUGCAGUACAUACGAGAUGCAUCUUCAUCAGGAAUCUAUGAUGUGAGUCAGACCGGCGGGGUGGAGGAUGUCUGGGAGGAGACAAAAAAAGCGGUAACUGAACGGCUGGAGCAGUGUCGUGUCCUAACUGAGCUGCUGAAGAUGUUUCAGAGCAUUCGUGGUGAGCUGAGUGGGACAUUGCAGAGAGCAGAAAGCACCAUUAGUGAACAAGCCUCCUACAUUGGGAAAGACAACCUGCACAGAUUACACAAUAAGAUUCAGGGAACAAAAGCAGAGCUGAACGGCCUUGGGGACAGCAUAGAGGAGGUCCGCAGUGUCUGCAGGCAGCUUCACGCUCACCUUCGUCUGAUACCAGAAUGCACCAUCAUCCCAUUUGAGAGCGAGGCUGACACUCUCAUGGACAGCUGGCUGGAUGUAUCAGAAAGAACAGAUUCCCACCUUGAAAACUUGCACCUUGGCCUGACUCUGUGGGAUGGAGUCCUUGAGCUGGGAGCAGAAGUGGAGAGCUGGACCACCAAGAAACUAGCAGUGUUUGCCCAGUCUCCAUCCUUUCAGUCAGAGGACGACAUCAAGACACUGCAGAACGAGAUUGUGGCCGUAGAGAAGAGCAUGGAGCGAUUCCAACGAAGAGCCACUGAGAUUCAGUCGCUGCUUCAAAGUACAGAGCCCCCUCUGGAGCUGCAGAUGGCAGAGACCCAGAUAAGGAAGAAAAUAGAGCAGCUGAAGGAGAUUGGUUCCGAAGCAGAGGAUGUUUACAGGCAGAUGGUGGCUGCUAGGGGACAAGUUACUGCCAGGAUGGCCGAGUGCUUCAGCUCCCUCCAAGAGAUACAGAACUCCCUCCUCGCUCUCGGUGGUUCAGAUGUUGCAACAGUCCUUGCAAAACUUAAAGAACUAUGUUGGCAACUCCAGACCAUGGAUGAGCAGGCAGAGAGCCUGCUGGAGGAGCUGCGUGUUAUGAGCUCCAUAGCCACUCCGGAUAGCCUACAGAGUGUGUCUACGGAUGGGAUUCAGCUGCGGGAGAAAGUCAGAAACUCCCAUCAGCUCUUCACUGAGGUGGAAGAACAGACUCAGAGGAAUAUCCAGGACCUCGACAGGCUGCAGAGGGAGAGCGAGCAUUUGGAACAAUGGCUGCAAGCUGCUGAGGAAAAAGCAGCAAAGGAGGAAGAUCUUAGCCUCCUACAAGAGGAAGCACUUAAACUAAGAGGGAGGACAGAGCUCCUCGGUCAGCUUGUGUCAUCCCUACAAAGCAGCAACCUUCAGCAAUGUGCACUGGUGGAACAAGGUAGCAAACUGCUGGAACGAUACCACAACUUCCACACCAACACACUACAUGGCGCCGAGGAGAAGCAGUGCUCUCUGAGCAGGGACGUUGAGGUGUUUCGGGCUUUGUCUAAGUCCACACGAUCCUGGGUCGCAGAUCUGAGACUCCUUGUUGACUCUUCACUUGUUGAAAGCCCCAGUCCUGAAGCACAGAGACUUCACCGUGCUCAAGCUAUGGUGAGUGCAACAGCAGAUGGAGAGGCUCGCUUUGAGGAGCUCAGAGUUAUUGGGAAUUGUCUGAGCCACCGACUGUGUGAUGGAGAUGAACUGAAACUCGAAAUUCGGGAAACCAUUCAGAAAAUAGAGGAGCAGUGGAAGGACCUUCUGCAAUCAGUUGAGCCUUAUUACAGGGCUCUGCAGGCUGAUCCAGAGCUCACCUCCUCCUACCUGGCAGGAAGACAGGAGGUUGGCUGCAAAGUGGAAGCGCUGCAGCGCCAAAUUGCUCGGCUCCCCAUUUUAUUCCCCUGGCCUGGAACAGGUGAACGUAGACAAGCCUGCCUUCUAGCCCAUCAACUGUGGGAUGAAUCUGAAUCCCUGCAAGUAACUCUUACCAGCCUGGCAGAACAGAGGAGGGAGCUGGCUGAGCAGACCAGCGACGCCAUCUGGAAAGAUCCCUCCUGGGCUGAGCUGGACAACUGCUGCUUAUCACUGAUGGCAGAGCUGAGGGAUGUGUGUUCCCGCCUCGAGAAAGGUGCGAGUACUGAGGAACGUUUUGGCCAGUUACUGCAGGACUGCCAACGUAAACUGACAUCCGUGCAGAAAAGGAUGUCAGCCUGUCAAGCCCAGAAAGAAAGCUCAGAUGGACUGUUCACUGAUGUACCAGCUCUGGAGGCUUUGCUACAAGAAGUGACAGACAUAGAAAAAGACAUUUUGCAACUUGUAACACUGAAGGACUCUAUCGCAGACGGUUCCACAGUCGAGGCCCAAGCCAGCCUCUCCCAGCAAGUCAGCAACCUCCGAACCCACAAGGGGGCACUAGAGAGCAGCAUUAGAGAAAACCUGGCUCUGCUCAAAGAAAACAGCAACCAGAGAGUUCAAAAAGUGAAGGAAGAGGUCUCCCGUGUAAAGUCAGCUGUGAAAGACCUGGCUGAAGAUGUUGGAAAUCUGUGUGAGAACCAUGACGUGUUACCUGAUAUCAGUCAGCUCCAGCAGCUGUGGAGUACUAUACAGGACUUUGAGUACAGGCUGACAGAGUUGGCUGCAAGAGUUCACAGCCUGCAGAAUACUGGAGAGUCCAGCAUCAGCCCAGAAAUGCUUCCUGCAGAUGUCAUUUCGACUGUUGAUGGAGUUGCUGAAGACCUUGACAGCCUCAGGUCCAUUUUUCUACAAAAGAAGCGGGAGUGUGCAGAAAACACUGCUAACAGGGUGAGACAGGCCAUUAGGCAGCUGCGGCAGUGGAGCAAAACAGUACAAGCUGAACCACCAUCGCCCAGCCAGGCAGCUCUGGAUGAAGGUUUGCAGCUUCAACAAUCUCUCCGUGAAGUGCUCUCAGACAAAAAUUUUCUUCUAAAUUGUUUGGAAACAAAAGUCUCAAAAAAACUGGAGAAAAAUGCUUCAGAUGCUCUCAGUGAAAGCACAUCCGCACUUGAAACCCUGUCUAAGUGUGUGGUGAGUCAAGGUCACGGUGAAGUGGAAUUGGACAACAAAGAUUUGACGUGUGAAACUGUUGGAGAAACAUUUAGAAGUGACACAACAAAUUCAGCUUCACCUGAUGAGACAAUGGCCAUGUGUCCUCCAGCAUCUCCUUCCCAGUUUGCAACAGAUAAGGAAAAUUCAGAAAGGGAUCCGAAUGACCACAAAAUGAUAACCAAAGGCAAUAGCCUUAUCCAAACAGCUGAAAAAGAUGCCUUAGUACCUAAUCAAGUCCCAAAAGCAAAAAUCCCAGAUGUUUUCAAUUCAAAAACCCGCCAGGAAUCACAACCGUUAACAUCUCCACCAAAAAUGAAUGUGAAAACUGAUCUCAGGCCAAAAGAUAUUGGCAACAUUAACACAGAUAGCGGCCCUCAAAGCAAGACACUUUCUGAAAAUAACAGAGAGCCUAUAAUGUCAGAUUCACUUCAAACUCUCAACGAGAGCCUAAUAGCUCAACAAGAGAUCCCUGAACCAUUGCAGGACAACACUACCUCAAUCCUGCACUCCACACCGUCAGCUAUAGACACAAACAAUACCAAAGAAAUCAAUGCACCACACUCUAUCACAUCCCUGGCAACAAAGCCUAAUGACUUCCCGCUUUUUAACACUGAAAAUGUGUCUGGAUAUUUCGCAGCACAGUCAGAGACAUUUGGGGCAACCGCUGAUGCUCAAGAACAACAGGGACCAUGUGAGGACAUCAGUGUGACCCCAAAGAAAGUGUUUACAGUUUUGUUGGACAUGGAGCCACAAGACAUGCAGGAAAAUGAAAAUGUUGGAGCCAGCAGUCCAGACGUACCAAGAUAUCCAAAGGGAGCAGCGCUGUGCGAUGCAAAGCUCACAGAAGUUUCAAGCACAGGAUUCCCUGAGAAGAAAUCUGGACUGCUUACACCAUUCAUCGGUCCCAAAUCAGACAAAACAGACUUGAAAAGCCUUCAUUUAGCAGCACAAUCAGAGACAUUUAAGGCAGUUACUGAUGCUCAAGAAAAAGGGGUAGGCUGUAAGGAUAUCAGUGUGAGCCCAAAAAAAGUGUUUACAAUAGUGUUGGACAUGGAGCUGCCCUUCUACCAGCCACAGGACAUGCAGCAAAGGGAGAAUGUUGGAGCCAGCAGUACAGAUGUAUUCACAUGUUCACAGUUAGUAGAGUCAUGUGGUGCAAAGCUCACAGAGGUUUCAAGCACCGGACUUCCUGAGAAGAAAGCUGGACUGUUUUCAAAAUUAAUCAGUCCUGAAGCAAAUGAAACAGACUCGAAAGGCCAUUGUUUAAAGAGUCUUAAAUCAAAUCUGUCUCAAAUGGAAGACUCACUGUCAGAAAACCCCGUGGCGUUAAUGAGUACAGAAUUAGAGGAAGGGCAAUCAACAAGUGCCAAAUUAUCAUGCAAAGAAAAAUCAGGAACCCAUGAAUUAAUCCACAGUGAGGUGUUGAAUUCCUCCAAAUCAUGUGGCAGUGUUGCUGAAUGUCAAUUCACUGGCACUCAUGCAGCAGAAACAUUUCCGGUAGUCAGACAAGAGGAGGUGACAGAUUUCUGUCAGACUGAAAGGCAAACAGUUAGCUCAGUCUUGUGCACUGUGGAAAGUUCAGUGCAAACUGGAGAUGCCUUAACCGAAACUCACAUACCUGCUGGUGACAAUAAACAGAUGAUGGGUGCAGACACUGCAGAGAGCACAAGUCCAGGACAUGCAGAGAUGGCAGAAGGAGAAAACACAGAAAAAACAAGUGACCCUGAUGGCCCGGAGUGCAAACAUUCAGAAGUGCCAGAAAGACGAGACAUCGCUUCGCCGCUAAAAGAAGAAAGUGAAUCAAAGUUACCUGCAUCGCUGGAGGACACAAAGCCUCAGAUGCAAGAAGGCAUGGAGGGUGAGACAACGGCGCUGGGUUUUUCAGCUGAUCCGGGUUCUGGAGAGACGACGGGGGGAUUACCAGCAUCCUACAAACACAGAUCCAGCAUGAACGAUAUUUUGUCUGAGAUACAGAGCUUGGUGGAAAGAAGUAACAUAAUAAAUAGGAAACCACAGAUUGAUUUAAAUUGGUAUCUGAGGUCCUCUCCUGGUGAACCAGAGAUUCGACUUGUACGAACUGUCCAGCAGGUUCUGGCAUGUCGAUAUCAACCAGCACAACUUGAUCUCACAGCCAUGGUAAAACAGCUCGAGGAAGCAGAGGAGUACAGGUGCUGUGUUCAGGAGCAAGUAGCUACUAUGAAAAGAAUUAGUGCUGCCAGGGUUUGUGACCCAAAUGCCUUGAAAAGAGCUGAAGGACAAUGGAGUGCAGCACUGCUGGAUGCCUCUGCCACUGUGCAGGUGAAAGCAGCACAGCUGGAUGAGGUCAAACAGUAUCAUAAACAGAUGAAGAUGACCAGAGCUUUUCUGGCGGUUUUAGCUGCUGAAAAGGAAAAAAUGAGCUUAAAUGCUCUGGGAAGUAGUGCUAUUCAAGCUGACAAACUCCAUGCUCUACUGCAAACCAUGGAACAGAAGAAAGACAUAAUGGAGGAGCUGCUCCACCUAAGCAGCCAGUUAUCAGUCCACUUGAGCGAUUGUGAAAGUUCAGGUGCUCUUCUUGCCCAGCUUGGAGAUGUCCAAGAGGAAUGGAGGCUUUUAGAAGGGAGUAUCAAGAGAGCUCUACAACACGCCACAAAUUCCACCUCUCAAUCCUCUCUUCUAAUAAAAGAGGCCGAACAGCUUAAAGCCAAGCUUGAAGCUCUGCAGAAAUGCAACUUUCAAAGCAAUGAUACGAAAAGCACUUUAGAAUUUGUUUGUCUAACCACAGACCUAAAACUUUAUAACCAGCUUUAUCUACACUUACAGUCCCAGUCAGAAGCUCUCGUCCAUUUCUCUCUGGGUCAGAAGGAGAAGGAUGAGAUCCAAUGUAAUCUUCAGGAAUUGGGGUCAUUGCUUAAUUUCACCAAGAGAAAGCUCAACACAUAUAGCUGUGGAAGUAUUUCUUCAACUAAGAUCAACAAACAAUUACAAGACUUGAUCAUAUGGGCCAAGCAGGCAGAAAACCACGUCUCUACUGGGAAAAGAUUAGCCCUUUUCCCAGAAGAGGCUCGUGUUCAGAUUGUUGACAUGAAGAAAUUUCAGACUGAUAUAUUGUCCCGACGGUCCAAGAUACAAGUACAAGUUGAGGAGAUGAAAGAUGUAGCCUCUAAUAUGGAAAAGGAAGAAAGUGAAGUAUUGAAGGUAGUACAGGACCUCUAUGAAGCCAUUGCUGACAGCCUGGAUCAUGUUCUUGACACCAUGAAGAAACACCUACAUGAGAGGGAAAAAUUGUUAUCCCAGCUUGCUAGCAUGGAUGGAUGGCUAGCAGAAACACAUGCAACAAGAGACCCCUGUGUCCAUGUUGAAAAUGUUUCCAAAGCUGACAUCCAGAACCUGGAGAGCGAGCUGGAGAGUCACAAAUUAGCCACUGCAGAGGUACAGAGCCAGCUAAAUCUAGUGGAGGCAAUGGCAGAAAGUUUCAAGGAUAUAGCAGAAGGGUUGAGUCCAGGAGAGAGCCGCUACCUUGUCAACAGACUGUCAGGCCUUUGGACAGAAUUAGAUGGACUCCUAGCUCAUGAGAGAGCAACCAGCUGGGAAUUGGAGGAGCUGAUUCAUGAGCGAACCUCUUCAGAUGAGGAAUUGUCAACCAUCCAGGCUAGCUUAAAGCAAAUUUUGACUGAUUUGGACCAGCAAAAGUUCCCUUUAACACAGGAAACCCUUUCAACAGUUGCACAUUUGAAGCACAUGCUAAUGGAGAAUCAGUGUCAGGUACAAGAGCUUCAGCACUGCAAUGAGGCAAAGCGAAGUGGCCUGCUUUACACAAUUGGGGAACUGCAAGAGAGGUGCAAAGCUCUUAGUUUAAAUGCCUUUGAGCAAGAAAAAUAUCUCUAUCUGAGGAGACAAAUGGAGGAGUCUAGGGACAUUGCCAAGGACCAAAUCCAGCGGUCCAAAGACAUAACAAUCAGUGUGGGUGAGAGGUUCAGAUUAUGCCAAACACUCCUGGUUGAACUUCCUUUGGUGAAGACACAGUGUCAAGAAGCAGGAGACCAACUGGAGGCAUUAGCUCAGGAGUUGUACCCAUCUAAGCUUAAUUCAGAGAGGCAGAGGAUUCACCGCACUGUGGAAACUUUGGUCUCCUGGGAGCAUUCUGCUACAGAUGAUAUCAAAAAUCUAGAGGACAAGCUGCUGCUAGGUCUGCGCUUUUCCUCUGAACUUCCUGCCUUAAUUGAGCUUUUCCAAAGAACAAGAGUGGAGCUGGAGGGAGCCCAGCCAGUCAGUCCAGAUGAGAAAGCAGUAGAUACUGCUCUACGAAGAUGCUGGGUCAUUUGGAGAAAUAUGGAGUCUGGGAUGAGGGUGUUAGAAGCUCUGGGACGGAAAGAAAAAAUUAACUUGAAGAACUACAGGGAUUUAUACUCUCUCAGAGAUGCAGCCAUGCAAGAGUGCCAUUUACGAAUGGAGAGUUUAUCCCAGGCUCGAGAAUCCUUGAAGGAUUACCAUUGGGCAGCUCAAGGAGCAUUAGCCUUCCUUCAUAAUGCCGAAGCCACCUUUUUGUCAGCUCCUGGAGGGUUUUUGGACUGCACCGAGGAACAAAGACAGACCCAGCAGGCUCUAGAAGCUCUAGGAGAUGGAUUUCAGGCUCAUAUCUGCCACCUUGUGGAACUGGUCCCCCAGCAACCCUGCCUCUCCCGCCAAAAGGCCGAGCAGCUCCACAUCAGCAUUCUCAGCCAGUUGGUAGUGGGAAGAGCUGUGCUGGAGGCCCAGGCCCAGCUCAGGCUGGAGUCCUUGCAGCGGUGUGCAGUAAGACAACAAAGCCACAGGAGCUGUCAUGAAGACAUACGGCAGCAACUCUCUGGGUUUGAAGCCAGGCUCUCAGACUGUGCUGCAGCACAAGUGACGUCACAUGAAAAAUGUCUUGCCCAACAAAAGACAGCUACGCUGCUGAUGGAGGAUCUCCGCAGCCUUGCUGGGAAGAUAGAAGAACUGAGGGCUGGAUGUCCGAUGCAGGGCUGUGGCCUCGGUAAGGAUGGUGAGCUGGGUGCCCUCUGGCGGCGCUGGGUAUCAUUACGACGUGGUAUUGGCCUCCUGAUGGCACACAUAGAACAGAGACAAGAGGAAUGGAAGGACAUCACUACAAGUAUAGAGCAGUGUUGCAGUUUUUUGGCCAGUCUUCAGUCUGAGGUCCCUGACUCCUGCACUGUGAGCUUCACUCAAGAGAAACCCCAGGAGCUUCUUGCCCAGGCUGAGAUGUACCAGGCCGGUCUGGAGCAGGAGCAGCAGGCCUUAGCCUCCCUGGAGCAUCGACUGGAGCACGCCUUGAGCUUAUCCAGUUCCCAGGAUCCCAUCAGUCCUGGCCCUGUUGGCAGAACACUGGUGAAGAUCCGAGAUACUGUCAGGAGCCUAAAAGAGAGAAACGUGCUGGUUGUAGCUGCAGCCCAGGCAGAGGAGAAAGAGAGACAGCAAGUCCAAGAGGAUAUAGGAGAGGUGGAGAAACACAUAUUCGUCAUUCAAUCCAUGCUGGAAGCCUGUUCAAAUCCAAGCACACGACAGGAGCUCAGAAAGGAUUUGUCCUCCCAGAGGGUGAAACUAAAUUGUAUCAUGGAUGGUGUGCAGAGCCGAUGUGCAGAGAUUCCUGUUGAUAUCAGCAAACGGUUGCAAGAAGUUCAGUUGUCCCUACAGAGAGCAGAAGAGGAGCUCAUGGUGGGGACCAACCCGGUUCGGAAGCUGGCUAGUCGAGUGGUGGAGCUGGGUUCUGGCCUCGAGAGAGUGAAAGCGUUACUGGAGCAGAAAAGUCCAUCAAUCAGCGAAGCUCAAAAUGUGCUCAAGUGUGCUUGGGAUGAGCUGGAUGCAUGGCACAGCCGCUUGAUGCUUCUGGAGAACCAGGUGCAUGAUCUUGCAGAGGGGCAGCCAGAUCAAGCCCACCACCUGAUGGACCAACUCACACAACCACUGCAGCUCUACCAAAACGCAUCGCAGAUGGCCGAGCACCGCACCUCCUUCCUCAGCAAGAUCCCCGCCUGUCUGGAGGAGUUUCAAAACAUUUUGUACAGCGCCACCUGCUGGUUAAAUGAGGCCCAGUCAUGGUUGAGCACUCCUUGCUCAUUCGCAACAGCCAAAGACCUCCAGAAUCAUGCAAACUCCCUGCAGCUGGUCCUGGACGACUCUGAGAGGAUCAGGGACACCCUGCAGGACUUCAGAGCAGUGCUGGCUGAGAUCUCUGCUGUGUGUGACAUCAGCACGCAGGAGGAGAGGCUGGACCAGUAUGACCAAGAAGUCCACAAAAUGCAACGCAAGAUAUUAGAGCCACUGGAGCAACUGCUGCAGGCUGUUGUGUUGGUUGAGGAUACGGAAGCUGAGCUGAAGACUUUGGAGAAGAAUGUUCCGAAGAUCAGAACAAUCUUAUCCUCCUUGGAAAACUCCAACAUAACUCUAACGGAACAUCUUCACAACCGACAGGUGAUCCUGGCCAAUGUGCAUUCAAUGUGGAGGACACUAGGGGAGAUGGAGAGAUGCAAAGGAGAGCUUCGCCUCCCACAGGGAGCAGAGGAGAGCCUGCUGGUCUUCUCCCGAGCCAGGCUGCUCCUGCAGCCGCUCCAGGAGCUGGAACAGCUCACCCAGCAACAAGUCUCACUGCUGGAGAACAAGAUUAGGAAGGAAGAAGAAACCGGUAAGGAUCUUGGCAUCACCGCAGUCUCCAGUAUUCCCGAAGAGAUACAGCAGCUAGACGCAUCUCCACAAAGACACUUAGUCCAGCAGGAGGCUUUUGAAGUGUCUAAUUCAGAGGAAGAGGAGGAUGAGGAUGACAAGAGUUGUCACUCGUCGUCCUCUGACACACUAACAUGCAGUGUUCCAGAGGACCCAGAGGAGACGCUCAAUGUUUCGGAUGUGAAAAGUGAGGAUAUUGCUGAAAUAACGCCGCUGUCAAAAGUUAAGGACCUGGAGAGUUUGGCUCAUCAGUUUUCUUCUGAAAUGGAGACGAGCUCAAAAGGUGCUGAAUCUGGGCUUUUGUCUGUGAAGCCUGUGUGUGAUACCGAUGACUUUGGAUCUACAAAUGUUGACACUGGAUUAGUAACAAUGGAUUCUAAAGCUGAUGUUGGCGAUUUGUCUUGUCCCAACACUCUGACGGCUGAGCCGCUAAUCACCGCAGCCAUUCCAGCAGCUGAAGACCAGUUUACUGCGGCUGCUACACUGGAUCAACACGAAUCACCAAAACAUGAAACCUUUGACACUGACCCUCAUAUAGACUCGCCUCAGGCAGCAGCUGCAAUUGAAGACACAAAACUGAUUCCUGAAAGACCUAAAACUCCAUUCACGGCCACUAGAGAAUCAGUUGAGUUCAUAGAGGAGAGAGACGAAGAUCUGUCUUUGUCCACAGCUCCCAAUGAAGAUGUGGACACUCUUAAUGGUUUGAAGGAGCAGAGUGAAGUUAGGACCAGCCGUAAUAGUUUGGAAGAAUCCCAACAAGCCCGGGAGUCGUCUAAAUUAUUUGUCAGCUUGGCAGGACCUGAAGGAGAUGAGAUGGAGCAGCAAAGGUGGAGCCAUCUUUAUACCACGAUCUCUCAAAAACUGACCACUUUGAAAAAAGUUGAGGAGGAGCAUCAAACCUUGAUUAGCUUAGAGGCCGGAGGGACCCAAGAAAAGGUUCCAGAAAAGGAGCUGAUAUCAACCAGAUCUGCUUCGGCUGUUCUCCAGCGGGCACAUGAGUCAAUCACCAUGCUAAGACAGAUAGUGAAGUCUGCAGACGGUUCUCAUCCAGGUGUGAGAGAGGAGUUGUACGAGGCUGUACGGAAGGUCUUCCUCUGUCUGGACACUUGCACUGACUUUCUGUUGACUCCUGGUAGCGCUGGUGAAGAUGACCCCCAGCUGAGGCUGCUGCAGCAGGAGUGUGUAUCUACUGAGAUGGCGACUCUGGCUGAGCUGCUGAAUAAAGUGGAAUCCGAGACGAGGCCUGCACUUUUGAAAGAGGAACCCGACGCUUACCGCUGUUUGACCUGUCUUCAGGAUUGUCUUUGUACAGUCCAGCUGGUCUUAACCUCAUCCAGCAAGCAGCUCGCUGAACAUCUGGGCCUCAAAAACCAACAUCAGGAGUUCUUCAGCCAGCUGUGCAUUUUGGACGAGUUUGAACUGGGACAGAGUGAGAUCUUCCCAAGUCUAAAGGAUGCACCUAGUUUGGAGCAGUGUGUCCUGGGCAGACAUCUGAGGGAGAGUCCGGGGGAAAAAGCCAAGCUACACCGAGCAUCUCAGUCCUUGCUUCAGGGGAUAACUCACCUCCUGGAACUGGGUGAAGAAUGCAUAAAAGACGGGCAGGGGAGCCAGGUUCACAACCGCAGUCAACUUCAAGCCGCUGCUUGCAGACACAAGAAGCUCCUACAGGUCCUCGGGUCUCAGUUGGCUUUUGUGCAGCAUCUAUUCCAACGUGAGCCAGAAGAACUCAGUUGUCAAGAGGAUGAGCGGUUACAGCUGGAAGUCAGGGCCAAAGCUUUGCAGCAACAGGCUCUGGAACAGGAAGUGGCUUUUCAAAGGAGGCUGCAGGAGUGGACCCUUUGGGAGGAUAAUUGUGGUCAACUGGGUGGGGUGCUGGAUGAGUUUGAAGCCCUCAUCAGCAGUGGGGGACCAGAGGGAGACCAUGAAGAGGAGUUUGUAGUACAGCGAAGACUAGAUGCCUGCCAGCAAGCAUCGGUCCGGUUAGAUGAGAGCAGAGCUGCUUUAGGACUGCUCCUGGAUCAGUGCAAGGUGCUGCAGACAGAUCCAGUGUUUGCUGCCUCAGUCAGCCAGGCAGGAGGUGCUCUUGAGCUGGGAUGGAGGAGUGCCUUCAGGCGGACAGAGCAAGAGAUUCAACGUUGCAGAGAUAUCCAGGACCUCCGGGCCAGAUUCCAGACAGACUUUGCCUCGGUCAGUAAAUGGCUGGUUGAUGCCAACAAACAACUGAAGACUUUGUCUGACCUGGGAGACCCCUCAGACCUGAACCAAGAUUGUGUUCACAAAAAUCUAAUCAAGCUACUGGACUUCUCCAUGGAGGUGGAAGCCAUGUCGGUGCAUAGGGCAUCUGUUUCCAAGGAAGCCGCUCAGCUGCUCCACCUGAGGGAAGCUGAUUGUCGCGGCCUGAGAGCUCAGAUCGCCCAGCUGGAGGUCAACUGGAGCCAACACACCUCUGAUCUGUCCAAGAUACAAGACCAGCUACAAGAGCGGCUGCUGGAUGGAUGGCCACCGGUGGAGCUGCUGUCUGACCUGGAGGACUGGCUGAAGAAGCUGGAGGCUUCGCUGAGCCAUGAGAAAGAAAAAGUUCUCAAGGCCAAAGAUGCUGCUCAGAUCACUGAAAUCCUGCAGCACUACCAGGAGUUAAAGGCAGGUAUUGUCAGUGGGCAGCUCCUCCUUGAUUUCCUGUGCCAGUCUGGGCCUCAGGUGAUGGGAGCAGACGUCCAGGCUCUCCGGUCUGAACGUUCAACGUUUUCAGAGACACUUGGCGCCCUUAGACUCCGGUGGCUCCACCUCCGGAGGGAGCUGGAGAGCCAGAUUCGUGGAGCUGAACAGAUGCAUCACACUCUGGCAGUCAGAGAGAGGCGGUUACGGCACCUUCGUGUUUGGAUAGAGCAGCAGAAAAAGCAGCUGGAUCAGUGGGAACGACCCACCAGUCAAACUCUGGCUCGUAAGGCUCUGCUAGAGUGGGAGGCUGUUGUAGGCAGAGUGAAGGAGGUGGCUGCAGCUUUGAAGGAGUUGAAAGUCACACAAUUACAUGUUGAAAAAGAAGAGGAGCAUCCUUUUGAUAUAGCUUUCUCGAACCAGGCAGAGAGCGUUAGUCAAGCCUGUGAGGACCUUAGUCAACAGAUGGAAGCUCUGAGACCAGCUCUACAACAGACUGUUGCGGAGUGGAGUUGUUUUGACAGAGAUCUGAGGGAGGUUACUCUCAACACCAGUAGGGUGCGCUGUGCUCUGCAGCAUCAGCAAGCUCCUCUGUUCUCACUGAAGCAGGCAGAAGGAUACAUGGAGCUCCUCCAGCAUUUCCAGGAGAAGGCUGGAAAAGGAGAGGAGCUUUGGGCAGCUGUGGAAAAAUCAUUCCAGAGUCUCAUGAAGACUCUUCAUUUUGGAGCAGCACAGGCACUUGGUGUCCAAAUGGAGGUAGAGCGAAAACGGUGGAAGGACACGGUGCAGCAGCUAAAGGACGAGCAUGUGAAGACUGGGGAGACACUUUCCCUCUGGCAGGAGUAUAAGCGUCUCUCUGAUAGCUGUUCCCUUCACCUGCGACACCUGUGGCUUCAGUGGGAGGAACUGUUGGGUUCUUCACUUUCACCCGAACAGGACACACAAGCCAUGGUUCACUCAGUGGAGAUGUUGCAGGUUGUUGCUAAGGACUUGCAAAGCAGUGUGGGAGAUGUGCUGGAGUCUUCCAAGCCUCUUAUUGGACGGCUAGAACCACUGGCCGCAAAUCUAAUCCAAUCAGAGACCAGACUGCUGUCACGUGACAUCCUGCUGCUGAGCCAGGCAAUGUCAGUUAAAAAGAAAAGUUUACAGGAUGAUUUGGGGGAGCAGAAACUGUUUCGUACUUGUCUGCAGACCCUUGAAAAGCAGACACAGAACAUACAACAGAAACUAAAGGCCAGUUUAAAUGAUGACAACCCUGUGAAGGUUCUCAUGGAGCUCAUUGAUCUGUUUCCCUCGCUGGUUGACGUCAGGGAGAUCAGCUGCUAUUUGACCAUUAACAACCAGGACGCAGAGAGACUGCACACGGUCAGCAGGGAGAGGAUCGAAAGCAUGACUCGCACAUCUGCCGUGAACAGAGAGCUGCAGGCAGAGCGUCAGUGUUCCCAGACCUUUGAGGAGAAGCUUAAGAACCUGACACACAUAAAGGAGAAACUUGAUGAGGAAUCAGUGUCCAGAAAACCUCACAGUUACUCCUGCAUCCAAGAGAUGCUGACUGUCCAUCAGAGUCUUUGGGCUGAAAUCACUCCUGGACACCAGCUUCUGCAGGGUCUUCUCUGUGAUGCAGUCAAGUCCAUGGAAAAAGAAACAGGAGAUAAAAGAUCUGAGCUCAUGGCACAAGUGGCCAGUAUGAGGGAGAGCUGGUUCAGUGCCGUUUCUCUGGCUGGCCAGCGCAGGGCCAUGGCCAAAGAACAGCUCAGACGAUGGAGACUCUACCACCACGGCCUAAAACGUCUGUGGAAGCUGUUGAGGGACGCUGACCCUCUACUGCCCCCUGCUGGCCCUGCUCUGCAGCAAUUACGAAGCUGUGCGGAUGAUUACCAAUGUGUUGACGCGGCUUUGAGUCUGCACUCUACCGUGUACGACCAGACACUGGAGGCUGGCAAGCAGUUGUAUGAAACCAUGACAGAGUCUGAGUGUCAGAGUCGACUGCGGUCAGAGCUCCAGGCCAUAGAGGAAGCCUGGAAACGAGCCACCUCACUGCUGGGGAAGAGAAAAGACCUGGUUAAUAAAACUCUUCAGAAAUGGAUUCAGUGUCAGGACGGGAUAACCAACAUCAUGUCUGACCUGGAUGAGGUGAAGACCAGGAUGAAGCGGCAGCUGCCUGAAGGACCAGAGGACUCUAAGAAUGAGAAGCUCGUUCAGGAGACAGAGCUCACUCUGCAGCGUUUGGCCAGUGGUUUGAGGGAACUGGGCACCAUGAAGACAGACCUGUCCCAGUACAUAGCGGCUGGUGACUCGGCUCUGCUGGAGCAGCAGCUGGAACAACUCCACGGUCAAUGGGAAGAGCUGUGUAUGAAGGUUUCUUCGCGCAGGCAAGAAAUCGCAGACCGCCUCAAUGCCUGGACCAUCUUCAACGACAAGAACAAGGAGUUCUGUGAUUGGCUGACUCAGAUGGAGAACAAGGUGUGCCACAGUGGAGAUCUGAGCAUCGAGGAAAUGGUGGAGAAGCUGAAGAAGGACUGCAUGGAGGAGAUCAACUUGUUCAGUGAGAAUAAGAGCCACCUGAAACAGUUGGGUGAGCAGCUGCUGUUGGCCAGUGAUGAGGCCAAGCAGACCCAGGUCCACGGCUCGCUGCAGGAGGUCAACCAGCGCUGGCACAACCUCUUCCACCACAUCGAAGCCAGGGUGAAGAAGCUGAAGGAGACACUGGUGACAGUGCAGCAGCUGGAUAAGAACAUGAGUAACCUCCGCUCGUGGCUUUCCCGAAUCGAGGCCGAGCUGUCCAGACCAAUCACCUACAGCGUCUGUCACCACCAGGAGAUCCAGAGGAGGCUGGCUGAGCAGCAGGAGCUGCAGAGGGACAUUGAGCAGCAUACGGAGGGCGUAGCGUCGGUGCUCAGUCUGUGUGAUGUUUUGCUGCGGGACGAAGAUGCUGCUGGCGGCACUGAGGCGGAGAGCGACUCCCUGCAGGAAACCAGCCGCAGCCUGGACCAGCGCUGGAGGACCAUCUGUGCCCUGGCUCUGGACAGGAGGCUCAGGAUCGAGGAGACGUGGAGACUCUGGUGCAAGUUCCUCGAUGACUACUCGCGGUUUGAGGAUUGGCUCAAGAUGGCUGAGCGCACCGCUGCCAACGCCAACUCUGCAGACGUCCUUUAUACCGUUGCCAAAGAGGAGCUCAAGAAGUUCGAGGGUUUCCAAAGGCAGGUUCAUGAGCGACUGACCCAGCUGGAACUAGUCAAUAACCAGUACCGCCGUCUGGCCAGGGAGAACCGCACUGACCGGGCCAGCCAGCUCAAAGCCAUGGUCCGUGAGGGCAACCGGCGCUGGGACACCCUGCACCGCAGAGUAGCUGCCAUCCUCCGCAGGCUCAAGUAUUUUACCAGCCAGAGGGAGGAGUUUGAAGGCACCAGGGAGAGCAUGCUGGUGUGGCUGACCGAGCUGGACCUGCAGCUCACCAACGUCGAGCACUUUUCAGAGAGCGACGUCCAUCACAAGAUACAGCAGCUCAACAGCUUCCAGAAGGAGAUCACGCUGAACACUGAGCGCAUUGACGGGCUGAUAGUGUUUGGAGAGGGCCUGAUCCAGAGGAGCUCACCGCAGGACGCAGCACUGAUAGAGGACGAGCUGGAGGAGCUGCACACCUACUGCCAGGAGGUUUUCAGCAGACUGGUCCGCUUCCACCAGCGCCUCAGCCAGCCCCCGAUCAGAGAAGAACCGGAGCUCUCUGAGACUACCUUUUCCCUGGAGUCCAGCUUGGAGCUGAUUGGCCGGUCGUGGCUUUGGCGGAGCCAAGGAAGCCUCCCGGCCACACCCACUCACCUGCUGGCCUCUCCGCUGGAGCGUUCGGGGCGGGAGACGCCGCUAAGUGUGGACUCCCUGCCUCUGGAGUGGGACCACACCGGCGACGUGGGAGGUUCGUCGUCGCAUGAGGAUGAUGAGGAGGAGGAAGAACAAGAUGAGGAGGGAACGUACUUCAGUGCACUAUCAGAGGUGGAGUUGACUGAGAGCCCGGCGGAUUUUGUCGAAGCCCCAGAGGCACUACUAGCCUCCUCGCUGGUUCCAAGCAGGUCUAUGGUCGUACAUGGGUCCGCAGGAUGGAAGUCCACGGCAGACACAGAUGCACAGUCUCUCCAGCUGCACUCAGAGGACCGCAUUGAGCCUGCACCCCCCCUCACCAGCACUCCCCUAAAGCAGGGCUAUCUGCGUCUCAUGUCCCAGUGCAGCGGCAGCAUCGAGGACUUCAAAAGAGUCUCUCUGAUCCUGGAUGAGGAGGAGCAGCCGAAGGAGCUCGGUCUGACAGGACUAACUGCCUCAGACAAACAGUCAGGUGUGAUCCAACGCUGGGAGCUGCUCCAGGCUCGGUCCAGGAGCGAUCAGCAGGCCGGCCCUCAGGAGCCUCAACAGCUCACUUCUGACCUCGACAGCAUCGCCUCCUGGUUAGAAAACGUGAUCCUGGAGCUGGACCGCCUCCAGCGGUCCGACCCAGCGUCGGGUAUCGCGGACAUGGAAGCCAGAGCCAAAGAACUAAAGAAGAUGCAGAAGAUGUUUACUCAAUACAAGUCCGUCAUGCUGUCUGUCAACCUGAGGGCUCAGGAAGGCCCAGAACUACAGGAAAGACUGGCGAGUAUGAACAGGGACUGGAGCAGAGCAUGUACGGGCCUCCAGCAGUGGGACAACAGUCUGAGGAAGACUCUGGUGCGCUGCCAGGAGUUUCAUGAAACCCUCCACUCCCUGCUACUGUGGCUGGCCCACGCAGAGAGCAGACGCCACACGGUGGACAUCGGUCACCCAGACACACCUGUCAGAGCCCUGCAAUGCCACCGCAACACCCUCACUGACCUGCAGGAGGAGCUGCGGGCCAGGCAGGCCCAGCAGGCCUCGCUCCGGGCCCUGUGGUCUCAGCUCCAGCCCGAGGAUGGAGGUGAGGAGAGCGACGAGGCCCGGGAGAAGCUCCACGUCACGGGUAGCAAGCUGAAGUUGCUCCUGAGGGAGGUGGACCAAGACCUGAGCAGCCUGCAACAGCGACUGGGCUGUGCAUCUGCAUCAGACGUCCAGGGCCACAACGCCUCUGCAGAUCCUUCACGUUCAAAGAGAGGUUCCUCUUCUCAAAGAGAGGGGAGGGGAUCGUCCCCGCCUCGGUCCUUCUUCUACCGAGUCCUUCGUGCCGCCUUCCCCCUCCACCUCCUCCUGCUGCUCCUCCUGCUGCUCCCCUGCCUGAUUCCCCUGUCGGAGAGCGACCCCAGCUGCACUGUGGCCAACAACUUCGCCCGGUCUUUCUACCCCAUGUUGCAUUACACCAACGGCCCCCCGCCCACCUGAUAAUGUCACUGAGGGAAAAAAAAUGACUUUUUUUUUUAUUUUAUUUUUUUUAAAAGAACAUGAUGAGCAACUCGUGCCAACCUUUUUAAUCAAACAUGGUAAUAAAAAUGUAGAUAUUUUAGUUUAAUAAUCCAAAGAUCUUGACACCGUCCAAGAAAAAUCAAUCACUGCAGCUUCUUGUAUGCCCCCCCCCCC